AUGGCGUCCCGCAAAACGCAACAAGAGAUUGAGAAGACCUUCAAGAGAGUUGCUGAAGGGAUUCAAACAUUUGAGAGCAUUUACGAGAAGAUUCGCUCCGCCACAAAUCCCACCCAGCGCGAUAAACAAGAAGAGAACUUGAAACGCGAGAUCAAGAAGCUCCAAAGGUUUCGGGAUCAGAUCAAGUCAUGGGCGGCAGGCAAUGAAGUCAAGGACAAAGCUCCAUUAUUGGAGCAGCGAAAAGCGAUUGAAACAUGCAUGGAGCAAUUCAAGGCGGUCGAGAAGGAGAUGAAGACAAAAGCCUACUCCAAAGAAGGGUUAUCAGCCGCGCAACGACUCGAUCCGCGAGAAAAGGAAAAGGUGGAAGCUGCCGAUUUCCUUUCUACCAUGGUGGAUGAGCUUGGACAGAAAAUCGAGGCCAUGGAGGCAGAAGAGGAGACAUUACAUGCGCAAAUGAAGAAGGGCAAGAAGGAUAUGUCCAAGGCCAAUCGAAUGGCUGACCUUUCGCGAGUGACCGAGCGACAUAAGUGGCAUAUCAACAAGCUUGAAUUCCUCAUGCGGUCCUUGCAAAAUGGCAAUUUGGAAGUGACCCAAGUGAUGGACCUAAAAGAGAGCAUUACUUACUAUGUUGAGGAGGGUGGUAAUGUCGAUUACUCCGGGGAAGACGAGACACUCUACGACGACUUGAACAUUGGUGAAGAGGUGGAGGCUCAAUUUGGAAUGGGCAACGAGAACGAUCGGGUAUCAUCGCAAGAUGCCCAGUCCAUUCAAGAUGAGGAGCCGGAGCCAAAACCUAAGCCGAAGGCAGAACCCCCGACGACUCGAAGACCAUCAACACAGAUGAAAUCCCCGCUUCCUGUUCUCGCUACUCUCUCUUCUACUUCCUCCAGUGCCACCCCUGGCAUGAAACCUGCACCACUCCCCACUCGCCUCCCUGGAGAGACGUUGAAGUAUGCUUCGGCUGCGGCUGCUGCGGCUGCUAGUGACAAGAGUGGAGUUGGGAUUCUACCACUUCCCCCACCACCUGGUGCCAGCCCAGCCUUCUCGGCUGCUCUUCCCAUCUCGAAGGCAUCGUCCGUUGCCUCCCCUAGUGUUGCCCAUGUGCAGCCUGCUUCCAGAGCGCCUAGUGCUGCCAUUCCCACACCCUUGUCAGAAGAGCCCGCUUUCGCUACCCGAUCUAAGACCCCCGGUGGAACAGGUGUAUCCGGUACCUCAUCACCAGCCCCAGCCGCUCAGGCAGAACCUUCCAAAGAGCCCACAACGAACGGCAAGGUCACACAGGAUGGUGAGAGCAAUGAGUCAAUAUACCACUUGCCUCCGGGUCUUCAAGAUUUGGUACAAUCCUUCGAGGUGACCAAGCAGCGUUCGUCGAAUGACCCUUCGCCUGCUGUUCAAAGACUUUUGGCCGCGUCCCUCCAAAAUUGCCCUGAGGCUGGAGAUGCGGAAAAACCUCGUCAUUACAAGCCCCAAAAUCCUUACAACACUCCCCUGUAUUACCCGCAGGAACCUCUCCCCAUCUUUGACGACCCCCGUCUGUAUGAUACUGGCCGCAUCGACACUGAUACCCUCUUUUACCUCUUCUACUACCGCCAAGGAUCUUAUCAGCAAUAUCUGGCAGCCAAGGCCCUUAAGAACCAAAGUUGGCGCUUCCAUAAGCAGUACCAAACGUGGUUCCAGCGACACGAGGAGCCGAAGAACAUCACCGAGGAGUUCGAGCAGGGCACCUACCGUUUCUUCGACUAUGAGAGUACCUGGAUGAACCGGCGCAAGGCUGACUUCAAGUUUGUGUACAAAUAUCUCGAGGACGAAUUAUGA